AUGCUUGCGGUCACAGUGGCCAGAAUUCCUGCAUCCCGGCUGCCAUCUUACGGAGAUCGCUGCGGAUGCCAUCUUCGUUGGAUGGGAGAGCGGAGUCUGCAAGAGGCCAGAAACAAGCUGAGGAGACCAGUGUUGCCGACCUCCAACCUCUCUGGACAGGUAA